AUGUCUAGUGGUGAGUUUCGUGACAGCUUCGUCGAUCCCCCAGCCGCCAAAAAGCGGAAGCUGCCAUCGCCGACGCCGUCGCUGACACAGCCGCCCGAGCAGCAGCACGAGCAGCCGCCGCAUUCGUCAUCGCCUGCGAUAGAGCGCUCUGCACCAUCAUCGGCCGCAGCCGCUGCAGUAGUAGUAAUGGCGACGUCCAAUAACAAUGGCUCCGCUCCCGUGCCGUCCGUGGAGAACAAUUCCGGCGGUGGUGUUGCUGGCGCUGGCGGUGCCCAGGAAAUCGACGAGGGCCUGUACUCGCGCCAGCUCUACGUGCUCGGCCAUGACGCGAUGCGUCGAAUGGCCCGUUCGGAUGUGCUGAUCUCCGGACUGGGUGGGCUCGGUGUUGAGGUAGCGAAGAACGUGAUACUCGGCGGUGUGAAAUCUGUCACCCUGCAUGACACGGCGGUUUGCACGGUUGGCGACCUGUCGUCGCAGUUCUACCUGACCUCGGACGAUGUGGCCAAGGAGCGAAAUCGUGCGGACGCAAGCUGCCGCCAGCUCUCCGAACUCAACCAUUACGUACCGACGGUGGCGUACACGGGCGAACUGACCGAAGAGUUUCUGCAGAAGUUCCGGGUCGUGGUGCUGACGCAGACCUCGCCCGCUGAACAACGGCGCGUUGCGGAGAUUACGCAUCGGCACAACAUCGCCCUGAUUGUGGCAGAUACGCGCGGCCUGUUCGCUCAGGUUUUCUGCGACUUUGGGGUCGAUUUUACCGUGUACGACCAGAAUGGGGCAACUCUCAGCUCGGCCAUGGUGGCCAGCAUUACUAACGAUAUCGAAAGUGUCGUUACGUGCGUCGACGAAACACGCCACGGUUUCGAGGAUGGCGAUUAUGUUACCUUCACGGAGGUUCAAGGUAUGACGGAGCUGAACGGAAUGGCGCCGAUGAAGAUCAAGGUGCUUGGACCGUACACUUUCAGCAUCGGUGAUACGAGUAAGCUGAGUCCGUAUUUGCGCGGUGGUAUCGCAGCGCAGGUUAAAAUGUCCAAGCAGAUGAGCUUCAAAUCGUUGGCCGAGGCGGAGAACGCUCCCGAGUUCAUUAUGACCGAUUUUGGGAAGUGGGACCAUUCGACCAACACGCAGAUCGCUUUCACCGUACUGGGUCGCUACCAGGAGCAGCAUGGACGUUUACCCCGUCCCUGGAACUCGGCAGAUGCGACGGAAUUCGUGGAAAUGUGUCGUAAGCGUGCAAAGGAGUUAUCGAUCGAGGAGCUGAACGAGUCCAUGUUGACCAAAUUCGCGCAGGUUUGCGCUGGUGAUUUGUGCCCGAUGAACGGAGCGAUUGGUGGCAUUACUGCGCAGGAAGUGAUGAAAGCUUGCACGGGCAAAUUCACACCGAUUUGUCAGUACUUGUGCUACGAUGCGAUUGAGUGCCUGCAGGAGGCUGACCUAACGGAGGAAGAAUGCGCUCCGACGGGAUCACGAUAUGACGGACAAAUUGCUGUCUUUGGUCGUAAAUUCCAGGACGUGCUGGGUCAGCUGAAGUACUUCAUCGUCGGUGCCGGUGCUAUCGGUUGUGAGCUGUUGAAGAACUUCGCCAUGAUCGGGGUCGCGUCCAAGGGCGAUGGCGAGAUCAUUGUGACCGAUAUGGAUCUGAUCGAAAAGAGCAAUCUUAAUCGUCAGUUCCUGUUCCGACCGCACGAUGUUCAGCAGCCGAAAUCGCGUGUCGCCGCCCAGGCAGUCAAGCGUAUGAAUGGUGACAUUAAGGUGACAUCGCACGAGAACCGUGUUGGGCCGGAAACGGAGCGAUUCUACGAUGAUACGUUCUUUAACCGGUUGGAUGGUGUUGCAAAUGCUCUGGACAAUAUUGACGCACGUAUCUACAUGGACCGUCGCUGUGUGUACUACCGCAAGCCAUUGUUGGAAUCGGGAACACUCGGAACACUCGGCAACAUUCAGGUGGUAGUACCGUUUUUGACGGAAUCUUACAGCUCUUCGCAGGAUCCGCCGGAAAAGUCGAUUCCGAUCUGCACACUGAAGAACUUCCCGAACGCGAUCGAACACACAUUGCAAUGGGCACGAGACACGUUUGAGGGUAUUUUUAAGCAGGUCGCCGAAAAUGCUGCUCAGUACAUCACAGAUCCUACCUUUAUUGAGCGCACGCUAAAGCUGCCCGGCGUCCAACCACUCGAGGCACUCGAAUCUGUUAAGAAAGCACUCAUUGACGAUAGACCGAAAUCGAUUGAAGACUGCGUAAAAUGGGCCCGUAUGUACUUCGAGGAGCAGUACUCGAAUCAAAUCCGCCAGCUGCUCUUUAAUUUCCCGCCCGAUCAGACGAGCUCCACCGGGCAACCGUUCUGGUCCGGACCGAAACGUCUACCAGAGGCUAUCACUUUCGAUCCGGAAAACCCAUUGCACCUGGAUUACAUAUUCGCGGCGGCCAAUUUGAAGGCAGAGGUGUACGGCAUUCCACAGCAACGUAACCGGGAUGUCAUCAGAAAGAUAGCGGUGGCCAUUGAGGUGCCGAAGUUCACACCACGUUCCGGUGUCAAAAUUGCUGUGACGGAUUCUGCACUGCAGGCAGAAGAGAAUGGAGGUGGCGGCGGUGGUAUGGGUGGUGAAGAUCUCGAUCCUGACCGUAUCAGCCGGCUGCAGAACGAGCUGGCUGCACUGGGCAAGCCCGAUUUUAGGAUCACACCGCUGGAGUUCGAAAAGGACGACGAUAACAAUCUGCACAUGGACUUUAUUGUGGCGGCAUCGAAUUUGCGCGCAGCCAACUACAGAAUCCCGCCAGCAGAUCGUCACAAGUCGAAGCUGAUCGCGGGCAAAAUUAUGCCGGCCAUUGCUACCACCACGUCGCUUGUUGCCGGAUGCGUUUCAUUGGAGCUUUAUAAACUGGCUCAAGGUUUUAACACGCUGGAACGCUUCAAGAACGGUUUCCUGAACCUGGCACUGCCCUUCUUUACCUUCUCCGAACCGAUCCAGGCGAAAAAGUCGACCUACUACGACAAAGAGUGGACGCUGUGGGACCGGUUCGAGGUGAAGGGCGAGCUAACGCUGCAGGAAUUCCUCGACUAUUUCGAUAGGGAGCACAAGCUUAAGAUUACGAUGCUGUCCCAGGGCGUCUGUAUGCUGUACGCGUUCUUCAUGACCAAGCAGAAGCAGCAGGAACGUCUGAACCUGCCAAUGUCCGAGGUCGUGCGGAAGGUAUCGAAGAAGAGUAUUGAGCCGCAUGUACGUGCGCUCGUGUUUGAGAUCUGCUGUAACGACGAGGCCGGCGAGGAUGUGGAGGUGCCGUACGUGCGCUACGUGUUGCCUUGA